ACUACGCAGAUGGAACAAUCGUCGGGGCUUAUCGGAAGCCCCUUAUAAUAUGGGUGCAAGGCGGGCCGGGCCUGGCUGCCACCGGUAUUGGCAAUUUCGCGGAGUUUGGUCCGUUAGAUAUGGAAAUGCAGCCACGGAAUCAUACCUGGGUUAACGGGAAAAAUGUGUUGUUAAUAGACCAUCCCGUGGGAACGGGGUUCAGCUACGCCGCCAAUGACUCGUUGCUUGUGAAGACUGAUCGAGAAAUGGCAAUGGACUUAUCAAAAGUAAUAAAGGCGUUUUUCAAGAAUCAUAAAGCAUUCCGCAAAACUCCAACAUAUUUGUUUGGACAGAGUUACGGUGGCAAGUUAAGUCCAAGAUUGGGAUAUUAUCUUCACACGGCAAUAGAAAAGAAACGGCUCAAAAUGAACUUCAAAGGCAUAGGUAUCGGAAGCGGAUGGGUGUCUCCAAGGGAAAGUACCUUGGUCCAGCCGGAUUUCUUGUACCUUAUGGGUGUCAUCGACCAGACCACGUAUUUACGCGCCAAGGAGAUUGUGAAGGACAUGAGUAUGUUUAUAGACAAAAGUGAAUAUAUGAAAGCGUUGAGACUAGAUUCGAUAUUAUUCGUAAUGUUUCACAGAGAAGGAGCAAUGGACAUAAAUAUGAAUAAUAUCAAUCAAGUCAGUCCAUACCCUGCCUUAGAUAAGUUGGCAGUGAAAGUGAAUAAAUAUGUGAAGCCAAUGCUGUCCCGCGUGGUGAAUCAAAGUUUGCAGUGGAACUACCACUCGGAAAAAGUUUUUACAACGCUUUAUAAGAACUUUUUUGUGCCGUCUACUAAAUUCUUAGAAAUGCUGUUAAAUAACACGAAGCUAAAGAUAGCCGUUUACAAUGGAAACUUAGACGUAGUGACACCGUUAGCUGGUGCAUCGAACUGGGUUCACAAGUUAGAGUGGCCCGGCGCCCAAGAGCUGAAGGAAGCGAAGAGACAGCCGAUCCGAGGGUUCAGGAACGGGUUCUAUAAACAAUACCGACAGUUGAGCUUCUGGUCUGUCUUCGGAGCUGGCCAUUGGAUUCCCGAGGACAACCCAAUGGCGAUGGAUCACAUAUUGGAACACAUGCUGGACGUAUCUAAUUAGAUAGAAAAUGGUUAAUGGUAAAAUAGGCUUAGUCUGGACCUGGACCC